GGUGCAUCGGCUUAUUCGGUGGGUACUCCUGCCAUUCGAACGGAACUCUGAUUGAAUAUGGUGGAAAGACCCCUCUGCUUUAGUCUAUCCCACCGGACCACAAAUAGUCUGGAACGAUAGAUGGCCCCCAUGGGGAUAAAGUCGGGAAAUUUAGCCAGUUCGACUUGCAAACUUGGGGAAUUUUCCUGGAACAUCAUUGAUAUAUAAAAUGCGCAUCCCCGGGUGAAAAGAUUGACGCGUCCAGCCCUUUUAUAAUUGAUAUCCUCCGUUUGAGAUUUGGGAGCUUGAAGUUUUUGUAUCCGGAUACACUACCAGCGAUUCAAUAUGGUUGCGCCACUUCCCGGGGAAACAGCCAUAUCGGCCAAGCGCGCCGAACUCGCGGGAAAGGGUGGAAUAUUGGGUCUCCUGAGUAACAAGAAAACCUCUGCAAUUGGAUUAUUCGCCUCUCUGGGUGGUUUGGUAUAUGGAUACAACCAGGGAAUGUUCGCGCAGGUCUUGACCAUGAACUCAUUCCAGAAAGCCACGCAAGGAUACGCCGCAACUACGAGUAUCCAGCAGGGCAUGUUGACCUCCAUUCUCGAGCUCGGUGCUUGGGUCGGCACUCUGUUCAAUGGUUACCUCGCCGAUGCCGCCGGUCGUCGACUCACAGUCCUGAUUGCAGUCGUCGUUUUCUGCGUCGGUGUGAUCGUUCAAGCAUGUACUCAGAAUAAGGACUAUGUAUUUGCGGGUCGAUUCGUGACCGGUCUAGGCGUGGGUAGUUUGAGUAUGGUUGUGCCGCUGUAUAAUGCAGAGCUGGCUCCUCCUGAGAUCCGUGGAUCGCUGGUUGCUGUGCAGCAAUUGGCAAUUACGUUUGGCAUCAUGGUCAGCUUCUGGAUCGGCUAUGGAACAAACUACAUUGGCGGCACGGGCGACUCCCAAUCCAACGCGGCAUGGUUAAUCCCCAUCUGCAUCCAGAUCCUGCCCGCGAUAACCUUGGCAGCCGGUAUGAUGUUAUUUAUGCCACAGUCACCACGCCAUCUAAUGAACACCGGCCGGGAUGAAGAGUGUCUGCAAACGCUGGCACGUCUGCGCGGUACCUCUACUGACGACCUGCUCGUUCGAAUCGAGUACUUGGAAAUGAAAAGUCUGCACCUCUUUGAAAAAGAGACUGCCGCUGAAAAGUAUCCCCAGUGGCAGGAUGGAUCGUUUAAGAGUCGUUUCCAGAUCGGGUUGCAUGAUUAUAUGUCGCUUAUUACAAAUCCCUCUCUGUUCAAGCGGACUACCGUUGCUUGCAUGAUCAUGGUCUUCCAGCAGUGGAACGGCAUCAACGCGAUUAACUACUACGCACCCUUCAUCUUCGAAGAUAUGGAACUUCCAGGCAACACGACCACCCUGCUGGCCACCGGCGUCGUAGGCAUCGUCGAAUUUCUCUUCACCAUCCCGGCCGUGUUAUGGGUCGAUCAAAUUGGGCGCAAGAAAAUUCUCAUCGCCGGUGCUGCUGGCAUGGCUAUCUGCCACUUCAUCGUGGCAGGUAUCAUCGGCGCUUAUCAGCAUGACUUUGGGGAACACCGUGCAGCGGGGUGGACUGUCAUUGUGUUUGUCUGGAUUUUCGUCAUAAAUUUUGCGUAUUCGUGGGGUCCCGUCGCAUGGAUUGUCACUUCGGAAGUCUUCCCGCUCAGUAUGCGCGCCAAGGGUGUUAGUAUCGGAGGAAGCAGCAACUGGCUAAACAAUUUUGCCGUCGCGACCGCCACAUCCCCCUUCCUUAACAAGAGCGCCCUCGGUGCAUUCAUCUUCUUCGGCUGUGUGACCACCAUCGCCAUCGUAUAUGUGAUCUUCUUCGUCCCAGAGACUCGGGGUCGCACUCUGGAGGAAAUGGACGAACUCUUUGGGACAUCCGGUAUGGCUGCUGCCGACGCCGCUCGCAAGACCCGCAUUGAGAGAGAGAUUGGACUUUUGGCGCUGGUCGGCGUUGAGGGUCCUGAGAAUGAUGAGAAGAAAAUCGAGGAGGUUUCGCAUAGCGAAGAGUAUGUUCGUGAAGAUGAUGAGGCGAAGCGCUUGUAGGCAAUUUUCCUGUCAUUUGGAAUAUUCGCUGUGGUCGAGACCUAGUAUGGACUCGGCGUCGAAACGAACAACUGGUUUGCGCUGGAUUUGGAUGCAAGGAGGCAGCUCGUUUUGACUCGAGUUGAUGUACAGUGUGGACCGUUAUUGCCUUCCAUGUCGGGAAACAUAAGUAUGCUCUUUCAGACCCAAUCAUAGAAUACGCUAAACCCAAUACGAUUUGAGCGCAAAUUCUCCGAAUCCCUUGAGUGCCGGUGUUGUUCGCCUAUUGGGACCUAGGGUCUUUCAAAAUUCACAAAGGAAAUCUGAAAAU